AUUCGUUGCUUCACAUGUAGUGAUAGAAUCUUUUUAUCCUGGACACCACCACGCACACAAAAGGUAUCUUUAAAUGAAGGAAGAUAAUGUUCGAAAAAUAUCGAAAAUAGACAAACUGAAUGACAUGAAAAAAGAAAAAAGCAAAGAGAACAAAACACCCAACAUAGUAAAAGUUUGGUAAUAAAUUAACAAGCCUGAAACCUUCAUUAAUACUUUCAUAAAAGUGUAAUAUCAUGAGUGGGAGCUCCCGGAGUUCUCGUAACCGGGGAAAUAUGCAGACGGGAAACGAAUACUGGACUUAUCUGCCUAACAAUAAUCUUCCAGACUUUCUUCCGGCUCGAACAUCCCCGAAUUAUCCUAGAGAGAGAGGAAGAGAUUCAUGGCAGUUAUUUGAGGAGAGAGUGAUAGGAGGAGGAGGACCUAGUUAUGAUGCCCUGAUGGCAAGUUUCCCACAUGCACAUGGAAUACCUCUUCGUCGUGCUUCCAUGCCAUUACAUUUACUACUGAUGGAAGACUACGGCGGCGCAUAUCCACCACCUCAUAGCACCACCACUCCUCCACCGUACAACUACCAACAACCAAGGUACAAUUAUAAUAAUAUACAGGAGGAACCGAGGCUAAGUCAAGAAGACCAAAAGCAAGCACUUAACAAGCUUAGCAAACAACUCUACAGCCCACAUCUCAACCGCAUAAUCAAGCGACUAGGCGGCACCGGGCCCACCACAAGCAAUAACGGUUCGGAUGACGAUGAUGGGAAGAGAUGUGCGGUUUGUUUGGAAGAUUUCGACACCAAACAGUAUGUGACGAGCACACCAUGCAAUCAUAUGUUUCACGAGGAGUGCAUUGUUCCGUGGGUUAAGAGCCACGGGAAAUGCCCCGUUUGUAGAUUCUUGAUUAUUGAAAAAGAUCGUACGACUGCGUACUAGGCGUGGUGGGACUAUGAUAAUAUGAUAUCAUCAAUUAAUUAUGCGCGCGGUCGUUGAUCAAACUAGAAGUACGUUUUAGUGUUCCAAAGAAAAUAAAUGUAAUAUAAUUAAGGGCCACGCAGGGAAAUUAUAUAUAAUUCCAUGUGUUUGGUUUUCAAUAAUUUGUCCAUUGUCAUCAAUUUCGUGAAAUUGUUGGAAGCAACUCUUGUUUACGUAUACCUUCUGAUACAGCGUCGCUAGAAGUUAUUACAUUGGCAACUAUGCUAUUUUGUGAAGAAGCGAAUAUUUUUUCCGUGAAUACUUUAAUUUAAUUUUGAUUUC